AUGCUGGGGACUUCGUGUCUCAGAGAUAAGCAGCUCUUACUGACCAACAGCAGUUUGGAUGAUUUCUUGCAACAUUAUGUGUUUCCCAUACAAUUCAUACUUGGUGUUGCCGGUAAUUCCAUCAAUCUGGUCGUGUUACUCAGCAAAGGGAUGCGUUCAAAGACAAAUUCAUUAUUGUCAGCAAUGGCAUUUGCGGAUUUGGCCCUAUUAUUUUGCAUGUUACCGCAUUCGUUGGCCUCUUUUGAAAUCGCAUAUCGCAGCUAUACAUUUCGCUAUUUUUAUUAUGUCAGCAAGCGGCAAUUAAAUGCGUUCGCAAAUUUCUUUUCCACAGCAGCAACUUGGUUAGUGCUUACGGUAUCUGUAGAACGAUUUAUUGGUAUUCGAUCACCGGUUCAUGCUCAUUUUAAAUGGAAAGAAAAAGGUGUCUUACUGAUUAUUGUGCCGAUAUUCAUUGGCGCAUUUGUGAUCACAUUUUAUCAUCAAAUUGCUUACAAAUACAGCAUACAUACUGUAUGCAAUGGCACUCAGUUAAAGGGUAACGUCAGGCCGAUAGAUUAUAACUGGACUGGAAAUAAGCUAUAUGGUAAUGUGCUGACAAAUUAUAUUCAUUAUGGGAAGUAUUUGCAAUUGAUAACAGUUAUCUUAGUACCCAUUGUUGCCGUUGCAUUCCUCAACGUAUCACUCAUCUGCCUGAUGCGUAAUCGUAUGGUAACACGACGAAAUCGCAAUACCAGUGAUUAUAGUAUGCUACGAAAUUGUAACGAUACUGGAAUAAUGCAACGACAGGAGAGGAAAGUAACUGUUACCGUAUUAGCAAUUGUAACCUGUUUUACUAUAACCCAUGCACCAUCACUGAUACCUUUCGUUUGGGAAACAUUUGGCAUAUCUAAGGAGAACCCAUUGCCUUUUUUAGCAACAGUUAGCAUUGCUAAUUCAUUGCUUAUCACCGGAAAAGUUCUUAAUUUUGUAUUAUUUUGCUCAAGUUCAGUGCAUUUUCGUCGCCGUCUUAUGCACAUAUUACUUCCCCACUUCAUGAGGCGGUCAGAAAGCAGAAAAUCGAAAAAAGCAUCAACAUCACAAUUCAAAAAUUCUACAUCUGUACCUCAGAUGCGAAAGGUGAACACAUCCUUCAGUCGACGCUCAAUUCAAUGGCAGGAUUCAAUGAGAAGUAAAUUUCUGGCUGAAGGAAACAAUUGA